AACCCGAGAACCUACUUUUCUGUCUCGUAUGAAUAAGACAUUCAUUUUGAGUUUGGCUUUUAAUUCUUCAUUCCUUUUAUGUUAAAAAACGCAGCACACUGGUGUGUAGUGUAGUUGAAUUGCAGUGAAAUUGGCAAUACUAAAACAUGGAGCGCUAUGAGAUUCUCAAAGAUAUUGGCUCUGGGAAUUUUGCUGUCGCCAAACUGGUUAGGGAAAACCGCACCAAUGAGCUUUUUGCUGUCAAGUUCAUUGAGAGAGGCCAGAAGAUUGAUGAGCAUGUUCAGAGGGAAAUCAUGAACCAUAGAUCAUUGAAGCAUCCCAAUAUUAUUAGAUUCAAGGAGGUCUUGCUGACACCAACUCAUCUAGCAAUAGUAAUGGAGUAUGCUUCUGGAGGAGAACUAUUUGAGAGGAUAUGCAAUGCUGGUAGAUUCAGUGAGGAUGAGGCAAGAUUUUUCUUUCAGCAACUGAUAUCUGGAGUCAGUUACUGUCAUUCAAUGCAAAUUUGUCAUAGAGAUCUGAAGCUUGAAAACACACUCUUGGAUGGAAGCACUGCUCCACGACUUAAAAUUUGUGACUUUGGUUACUCAAAGUCAUCAGUAUUGCAUUCUCAACCUAAGUCAACGGUAGGAACUCCAGCUUAUAUUGCACCUGAGGUUCUUACAAGGAAAGAAUAUGAUGGAAAGAUUGCAGAUGUAUGGUCUUGUGGAGUCACCUUAUAUGUGAUGUUAGUUGGGGCUUAUCCUUUUGAAGACCCUGCAGACCCAAGAAACUUCAAAAAAACCAUUGGUAAGAUACUUAGUGUCCAGUACUCAGUCCCAGAUUAUGUACGAGUUUCCAUGGAAUGUAGACAUCUUCUAUCACAAAUAUUUGUGGCAAGUCCUGAAAAGAGAAUAACAAUACCAGAAAUUAAAAACCAUCCAUGGUUUUUAAGGAACUUACCCAUAGAACUGAUGGAAACUGGAAGCUGGCAAGUAAAUGAUGUAAAUAAUCCAUCACAAAGUGUUGAGGAAGUGCUGUCUAUAGUACAAGAGGCAAGAAAAUCUCUUAAUGUUCCAAUUGUUGGUGGCCUUCUUAAUGGGGGCACCAUGGACCUGGAUGACUUGGAGGCUGAUGAAGAAGAUCUUGAGGAUGUAGAAACAAGUGGAGAAUUUGUGUGUCCUCUUUGAGUGUGUGUACAUGAACAAGCUAAGCUAUUGUUUGAUGUGAAAAUGUGAAUAGAUUUUUCUGUUGGGGCUGAAAUUCCUUAGUUUUUCAAUUAAGAUGAGUAGUAUGGCUUGCUAAAUUAAGGGUUUUUUUUUUCUUAUUUUUAUUUUUCCCUCUCAAAUCCACGUGCCGUUUUCUAGAGAUGUAAAAUCACAUGUUCCAAAAUAUUAGGAUAUUAAAUAAAGCAAGUGUGGCAGGUUC